CUCUAUAUAGCGAAAAUUAUAUUAUGAAUUUCUUUUGUAUCUUAAAACCUCGAACACCUGACCUGACAGCUUAGGUCUCCCUUCCAAAUCUAUCUAUGGCGGUGGUGCGGCGACUAUCUACUUCUACCUCCACCGAAGACGAAGACCGAAGCUCUAACGUACGUACGUGCAGAUUUUCGUUGGCCGGAGAGCGUCGCGAAAUUUUAGUUAAUCGUUGAAGCUGCUACAGCUCGGUUGCGUGUAUUUCAAAGGUCUUAAUUUAAGUUGUUUCAUAUCGUUCAUCUAUAAACUCGACUCGUACGACUAUAUUAAACUCACAUUGGUUAGGUUUUUGUUUUGUUGCUUUGUUAUUGUUGUUACUGGAAAAUGCAUUUGGCGUGGGAUUCCGUGAUGGUUAGCCUGGUGUUGCUUUUGGUGGGCUUAGCUCCAACUAUUGAUUGCUGGAAGCCAAUUGUCGGCCAUGCAACCACAUAUAGUCUACACCAAUCGCAUCCAGGAUUCGGUUCGCAAUCACACUCGAUAAACACCCUCGGGGGUAGUGAUAUUCCCUUAGAGUUUACAGGCCCUGAGGCUAAAUUAGCACCCAUUGUUCCAUCGGAACCGAGUGGGCUUGAGGAUGUAUUCGGUUAUAAUUAUCCUGAACCGAAGCAUGUGACAAGUGACGUUUUCGGUGAGGAUCCGUGUAGUGUGAAAAAGUAUGCAUUUGACCACGAGGGAACGGUGUCGUUCCGUAACAAAAUUCCAGAACUUGACCAGUUUACAAUUUGCUAUUGGAUGCGAUUUACAAAUCACAGUGGCGAUCACACUUUAUUGACUUAUUCAGACAAAAAGGAAAAACGUCAAAUCCAAUUUUGGGUAGCAAAUUCGAAAAAUUCCAGUUUUGUUUCAAUGGCUAUUCGGGGACAACAAGUCUAUAGACUCAAUUAUCCGCUGAGAACCAGACAGUGGCAUCAUAUCUGCACGUCAUGGAAUGGUAAAAGUGGUGAAUGGCAAGUCUGGCUUAAAGCGGAACGGAUCGGACGCGGCUUCCAUAAUGCGCUGGUUUCGCAUAAGAUUCCUGCCAAUGGAAUGUUGUUUGCUGGUGGGCCAUCUGAGACUGGGGACGUUGCUCAUGGACUGCAUUUCGAACUGACUAUGGUACAGAUCUAUCGAGUGGCAUUGAGUGCUGGUAAGGCGCAUCGAGAUCAUAAGCAUCACCACGUGCACCAUUUCGAUCAUGAAGGACUUGAACUUACUACAACGAAAACCCCUCCACCGACCAUCAAUUCACCUCUGGCUAUGAACAACCUUCUGGCCAAUGGGCAAAUACGCACCAGAGUGAGAAUCAACUUCGCCCAACCAACCCAAACCUUGAACAACAUUAUUGGACCCAAUUCCGAUGUGAGUGCACUAGCACUUCAGGCUGGCCCAUCAGGUCCGCAGCAAGCUACAAUCAACACGAACUUUAUAAAUGGCCAGUUUCACACAAACAGCCGCCUUGUAGCUCAACAACUUGGAGGAUUGCCCGGUUCGCCUGGGUCCACAGGUCCGAACGGACUUCCCUCACGAGUGACAGUUUUCGACAGCCGCAUUCCAAAUUCAAUUAAUCCUCGAAUUGUAGACGAAUCUGGCAGCAGGUUAAUUUUCAAGCGUAGCCUCGAUGACAAAAUGAAAAACAAGGAAAAGGUUGUAAACAAACGCGGAUUGGUAUUCCUUGAGGAUGGUUCUAUAAUCGACGACGAAGAGUUCAAAUUCGAGGGAUUAGCGGAAUUCGGUGGCAAGGAUUUUAAACACGACUUGAAGGUGAAAAUGAACCUAGAUCAUGAGGAUAUAGAAGAUGAAAUCAAAGAGCAUGAUCGUGAGCCGGCAGAAGAGGAAGUUAAGGCAGUAAUGGAAUUCUGUGGAAAUUGCGAUAUUGAACCAUUCCAGGGUGCGAUAGUAUUCGCAUGGAAAAAUGCCAUGGCUAGUAUGAAUCGAGCAUUGGAUGGUCAAAGUGUGGGUCGAUGUGGUCAUUUUUAGUUUCUUUUUUGUUUUUGGAGAGAUUUUUUGAGGAACUUAUAGUUUCACUAGUCAGCGAACAUAAGAUAAAGAGAGUUGAAAUCCAUCAUUAUUAUACCACCAUGUAGACAGUUAAAUUGUAUUUUAAUGUAUACCAUUGAACUGUUAAAUUUGUAAAAUUGUAAAAAUUGUUCAUAGUUUAUAAGUCAUACAAUUCAUUUUAUUUUGUAAUAAUUUAAAAGACAUAAAUAAAGUUUUAUAUAAAAAAAGGAAAA